AUGUCUCGACCGAUGGGACUCCCGAGGAGACAGUCGUUCGAACCCUUGUCGACCUCGUCCACUUUAGCGUCGUCGCUCUCGCUCGGCAAGUUGCCCUCGCCCGUUUUCGAUCGGUUCGGACCCGGGCAACGAAGCGUUCCCGCCUUCGAAGCUUCUUCUUUUCAUCUGUUCGUCGGUGCCACGCGACCCAACUCCAGAUUGGGCUUGCCGAACGGGACGAACGGUGGCUCGAUGCGAAGCGUCUCCGGACCCAGGACACCGACGACCCCUACUUCGUCGCGCUCGAAUGGAAUAGCCGACGAGGGGCAACGCACGCCCGGCGGGAGCAGCUUGGCAAUUGGUGAAGAGGUAUUCGGGUUCAAAACGGUGCGCGAAUCGGCGAGCAAGGAAUCGCUCGUCAAGUCGAGGUGGAACGGCGAUGACGAGGCGGCAGUCGUGCUCGAUUCGACGACGAGGCUACCCCAGGAUUCUGACGGGCAUUCGGCGUCGAAUGCGACGACACCGAUACCGGCCACUGUAGCGGUCGCGGCGCCCGCGAAUGGGUGGCCGACCGAACCGAAUCAACUGUCGUCACGGCACUCUGUGGACAGACUGGUGAGUGAAUAUCGCCUCUUUUUUUUUUUCCUCUUCUCUCUCCAACAAAACGGUGUCAUACGAGAGGGAUAAGAAAACACCGCAACGAUGUCUCGGCUUUGGGGCCUCGUCGAUUCGGGAGAACAGAGGGUCCCAGGGGGGGCAGUGGAGGCGUCUCAGCCGUGCCCCCGGUCGCGCCCCCUAUCGCAGUAGCCGGCGACGUUACCGCCACUCUCCUUUCCGAGGUUAUAUUUCCGCGCUAGCGGGCGGCGGAAUCUGUCCGGUUUCGCAGUCGCCGACUCCCCGGGACGAGAUGUGCUACGCCUGGCCUUUCUAUUAGACAGCCUUUCCGCUUUUUGGGCAAAACCGCCCCCUCGCCCCUUCACCCUCCCAGCGCCGGCGCCGGCCCCAAGCUACUGUUUGUCUCUCGAACCGCACUCUGACUUGUGUUUUUUUUGGUUUUUGGCUCCUCGCGUGUCUGUGCUGCUCGCGGUGUGGUAUUCCCGCUUUCGGCCACUUGUCAACAACUUGGACCUUGCCUCUUUGUGUUGUGUGUGUGUGUGCACUACCCUCCCCUCCCCCCUCCCCCUCUUUUGUCGUGUAUCAGAAUCACCACUUCAACACGACGAGCAGCAACCACGUGACGACCAUGUCGACGACCACGCGCCCGACAAUCAAGCAGUCAGGGUCAUCAAUUGACUUGCGCUCGAGCGUCUUCUCCUCGUCCGCAUCCGGCUCGGCCAAAUCAAGCCCAUUCGACAACGACCUCGUCAACGGCUCGUCCACGUCCUCGUUCACUUCGAGUCGACCGUCGGUGCCCCGCUCCAAGUCGGGCUUGCCCCGCUACGACUUGUCGUUCGGCGAACGUAGCAGCCACCUUAGGUCGACCUCGCCCCUCGCUGCGUCGAGGCCUGCCGCGACGGCAGCGGCAAGUGGCACAGCACCGCACGGCGGUCACGACGCCCAGCGCGGCGCCGCUGAGGGGUCACCGCAUCAGCAGCACGAAGGUCGCGUCAACCAACUCUCGUCGGCUGCAAGUGCCGAAUCAUUCUUCAAGUUCCCGGGUGGGAUCGACUACCAUGGCACGAUCACCACUUCUGCGACCUCGCCUUCCGUCUCCGCUUCGGCGGCGGCUGCAUCGAAUUCGGGCAACGCCGCCGGCGCGAGCGGAGCGUCGGAGGUCGUCCCUUACAGUUCGGCCUCGAGCGGCAAGAAUACGUCCGCCUAUAUCAACACCAAAGUGCCGAACGUGCCGAGCAUCCGUAGUGCCGACCCCAGUUCGUUGGAUCGGUCGAGGGCUCAGCCGAGUUUGAGCGCAUUCGACUCCUACAAGCACCAGCAACCUCACUCCCAGCAGCAGCGCCACAGUUCGACGGGACCGGCCACCACCCACUCGUUGUCGCCCGAUGAUCUCGUCACUGGUCUGAGUAACAUGAGCCUUUCCUCCAACACCAACAGCGCGUCGCAACAACUUCAUCCUCCGGUGCUGCAGUCGCAACAAGUGCGCCUCGACGCCUACGCUUCACCUCCUGUCUCGCUCGGUGCCGACUGGCGAACUGCCGCGCUCGCGAAUGGGGACACAAACGGCGGCCCGAAUGCGCUCAACACGAGCCUCGGCACCGCUCAGAUGACGCCUUACGGUAUCUACUAUGCUACAACGCCUUAUAUUUCUUCCUCCGACGCUUACUACGCCACCCAGCCGGACGCGACUUACUACCCCGCCCAAGCAGCGGAGCCGUCCAUGGGCCGUCGGGACUCGGAGUCAGUCCGCUUGCCUCCCCUUUCUUUCCUCUUUCGCUUCCAUGCUCAUCUGUUUCUGUCUUCUUGUCCUCGCUUGCACUACGUCCCAUAGAUCCCUGCCUCUGUCGUGGGGCAUGUCUGCCUUGGAUUAUGCCUCCUCUGCCAACAGCGCCGCCGUCUCUCGCCACGGCUCGUUCUCGAUCCCUUACACCCCCGCGAUGUCACCCCAGCCCUCGGUGUACUCGUACAACAUCGGUGCAGGCAGCCACCUCUCGACGGCGUUCGAUCACCACUCUAACGGCGUCGGCGCCGCGAACGGUUUCCAGCCCGCGCAACAACACCAGAUCAUCCUCGGUCGUCAAUUGCGUUCGAACGCCGAGUACAUCGCACCCGGUCCUCGCAACGGCUUGCAAUCUAACCUCAUUUCGAACGGGAUGGGAACGCAGGGGAUCAUGGCUUACGAUAUGGCUCGACCUUAUGGCGUUGGGUACGGUGCUGGUUACGGUGCAGGAGAGACGAUGGGUCGCGCGUUGAGGAGUCAGUUGUUGGACGAGUUCAGGAACGCCAAGCACAAGCACUGGGAGUUGUCGGUCAGUCAUUUUUGCGUCGAUGGCUUGAUUGCCUGAGUGGUCCUGAUGUUGGCUCGCUCUUGCUUUUCAUAGAAUAUCUCGGGUCACAUCGUCGAGUUUUCCGGCGAUCAGCUCGGGUCGAGGUUCAUCCAGAACAAGCUCGAGACGGCCUCGCCGGACGAGAAGGACAUGUCGUUCCAAGAAAUGUUGCCCAACUUGUUGCAGUUGUCUACGGAUGUGUUUGCAAACUGUGAGUUGGACCUUUGAUGACUUGUUCCACGUUGAUGACUUGUUCCACCGUGCUCGGUGGCUGACAUGAUCGAGCGAAAUUGCCCGUCUCGCCGAGCAGACGUCGUACAAAAGUUCUUUGAGCAAGGAAGCCAGUUGCAAAAGACUGCGAUGGCGAAUGUACUUGAAGGACACGUGUUGGAACUCUCACUUCAAAUGUACGGAUGUCGUGUUGUUCAAAAGGUGCGUCGUGCGCGGCGAUGGAGUCCUCCUUCGGGCACCGUCUGACUGCAUCUUCUUGUGACUGCGUUGUAGGCCAUCGAAUUUCUCCUUCUCGACCAGCAAGUUCGUUUGGUCAAGGAACUUGAUGGCCAGAUUCUCAAGUGUGCGCGUGACGCACAGGCCAACCAUGUGAUCCAGGUGGGUCCUCUACCUUCCUCCAACGUAACGUUUCUCACUCCUAACCGCUUUGCGACUUUCCUCUCCCUUCAGCGAGCAAUCGAGCGCGUUCCAAGCGAAAAGAUCGCCUUCAUCUCGGACGCAUGCUUGACGAACGUUCACAUGCUCGCGACGCAUACCUACGGCUGUCGCGUUCUGCAACGUAUCUUCGAGCAUUGCCCCUCAGCGCGGUCGAGACCGUUGCUCGACGAGUUGCACACAUGCACGCAGCAUUUGAUCCAAGAUCAGUACGGGAACGUGAGUCGGUCUUUAUAUAUGACACGUACUCAAUUAAGAAUGUCACUGAUGCUGCUGCGGCUCACCUAUCGCAGUACGUCGUACAAUGGGUCAUCGAAAAAGGUGACGCCGCCGAUCGAUCACGCGUCAUCUCCUCCCUCUAUGGCUCGGUCUACCACCUCGCCCAGCAAAAGUUCGCAUCCAACGUUGUCGAGAAGUGUCUCUUGCACGGUAAUGAAGAGGAACGUGAGAAGUUGAUCGAGGAGAUCUUGAGGUAUCAAGCCGACGGGACGAGUACGAUUCGCUCGAUGCUCGUACAUCCUUUCGCAAACUAUGUUGUGCAGAGUACGUCUCAUGCAUACGUCUCCGGGUUUUGUUGAGCGGGCUACUGAUUCUCGUUUUUGGCAACGUCUGCAGAGAUCAUCACGCAGUCGACAGGAGCUCAACGUGAGCGUGUGCUCGAGGAGACGACGUUGCAACUCGCAAACCUGCGCAACUACUCGGGGACGUACUCCAAGCAUCUUGCCACGAGUGAGUGCACAGGAUUCUUAGCCUAA